UCAGGAACAAGAUGGCGGCAGUACGUGCUGGAGCUGUUGGCCUGUCGAAACAGGCAAGAUUCACAAUGUAUUCGUCUACAAGGCCAGGUUCCGAUUGGGAUUCACGUGACAGUGGAACUGGAGAACGGGCACGUCAAAGCCGUCCGUCAGUUUAUGGGAAACGAUACGGAGUAGCCAUGAGCAACGCGGAGACAGUUCGCAAGAGAUGGAAAAUUCGUCGAAGAUUAUCAGAUCUGAAAGUGAAACUGUGCGAUGCCACUUUGAUUCUCGCAGUCGGUGGGCUUAUUUUGGCGAUGCUUGAUGUCGAAUUCACAGCUACAAGGAUCCUGGAAAGCUUCGUGAAUACAUCGGAUUUAUCGUUCAUUUUAAGAACAGCUGCAAUUAUAACAACGAUAGCUUUGCUCUUUUUUCUACUUUUCUACCAUUUCAUUGAUAUCAAAAUUCAACUAGUCGAAACGGGUACUUCAAAUUGGCGAGUAGGUAUAACUUCGGAACGAGUUCUAAAUACUUUAUUAGAGGUGGCAAUAUGUGCAAUUUGUCCAAUUCCAGAAACUGGUGUUGUCGCGUGGCCGAUUCUUUCGAACAUAGCUGAAAGAACGCGUGAACGUGUGAACAUCCCAAUAAGUGUUCUUUUGACUCUUCCAAUGUUCUUACGGUUCUUCAUUGUCUGUCGAUAUAUGGUUCUUCAUAGCUCCCAACACCAGGACACUGCAACUCGAACAAUUGCUUCAUUAAACCAUAUUGCAGUUGAUUUUCGGUUUGUGCUAAAAAGCGAGAUGUAUGAACGUCCCUUGUUCGUACUUUCAAUUGCGUCACUGAUGUUCUGGUGCGUUGUUUCCUGGAUGUUGACACAAUGUGAAAGGUACGCCUACCCAUCAAUCAGUGGUUUUCAACAUUUUGCUGAUUAUUUAUGGUUUGAGAUUAUUACAUUCUUCUCAAUCGGUUACGGGGAUGUUCAAGUGAAUACCUAUUGUGGACGAGGACUGGCAAUGUUAACUGCCAUCGUCGGAACACUGUUCUCUUCUACACUUAUUGCUCUUAUCAGUCGGAAGUUGAUUUUAACUACAUGUGAAAAAAGAGUGAAUCAUAUCAUUGCAGAGAAUAAUAUUACCAAUGAACAUAAAAAUGCAGCUGCUUGCGUACUUCAAAACACAUGGAGAACCGUACUUCGUGCCAGAGAUUAUCAAAAAAGCAGUUCAAGAAGAAACCAACAAAGACUUGCAAAAAUGCAGAGAAUGUUGCUUUGUUCAGUUAUAACAUUCCGUAAAACCCGGUGGAAGUUGCGAAUGCAGAUGGAGGAUGAAGACGACUUCUUUACUGCUCGCCGAGCAUUCAACGAGACUGAAGAUCGUCUCCAAAAAGUACGUCAACGACAAUCGCAACUUGAUGGGAAGAUCUCUAUGUUGUUCGAAAAUGUUGAGGCGUUGACGCAGGCUGUGAUGUCGAGGAAAUGUUAUUUGAGGCAGUGAUAAUAAUUUGAAAUUCAUGGGUGCAUUUUAUUUAUAAAAGAAUAUUCACAGAAUUUCGUGAUUUGAGAGAAGGAUAAAUUAUAUUAAUGAACAAUUUAACACGAGUCUGGAA